AUGGCGCAAGGAAAUGAAAGCGGCAAAGAGUUUGCCUUGUACUACUUAAGUAGAACUCUAACGGAGAAUGAAUUGAGAUACUCCCCGGUGGAGAAAAUUUGUUUGGCACUAUUCUAUGCGAUUAAGAAACUGAGGCAUUACGUCAAAACAUACUCCAUACGACUCAUUUCACGUGCCGAUCCCGUCAAAUUUGUGAUUUCAAAGCCAGUGUUAUCAGGAAGAUUAGCAAAGUGGUCUAUCAUGUUCAAUCAAUACGAGAUCACGUAUGUGCCUCAAAAAUCUGUUGAAGGGCAGGCACUAGCUAAUUUUCUAGCCGACCACCCUAUUCCGACAGAGUGGGAGUUAUCCGAUGACCUUCCUGAUAAAGACAUUUUCUUUAUCGAAGUUCUUCCGGCAUGGGAAAUGUUCUUUGAUGGGGCCUCCCGGUCUGAUGGAUCGGGGGCAAGAGUUGUUUUUGUGUCACCCGAGAAACAAGUUUUGACAUACUCGGUGGUACUGGGCGAGCUCUGCUCCAAUAAUGUGGUCGAGUACCAAGCUUUGAUCAUAGGUCUCGAAAUGGCUUUAGAAAUGAAUAUUACGGAAAUUGAAAUUUAUGGUGACUCAAAAUUGAUUUUUAACCAACUUUUGAAAGUAUACGAGGUUAGGAAAGAAGAACUUAUUCCUUUAUGUCAACACACUUCGGACUUGGUAGCGAAGUUUGAAAAGGUCGUGUUAAAUCACAUUCCAAGGAAAGAUAAUAGGAAGGCCGAUGCGCUAGCUAAUCUAGCAACCAUUUUAGCUUUGUCGGAAGGAGAGACAACAAGUGUUCCCAUGUGUAAUCGUUGGAUUGUACCAUCAUUCGUUGAAGUUAGUCAUGAAGAGCUAACGCAACACAACUCCUCAAUGUAUAAUGCGGCUGCGAAUGGUCUAGUAGAGGCGUUCAACAAAACUUUGUGCAAUCUUUUGAAGAAAGUGGUCUCAAAGUCAAAGAAAGAUUGGCACGAGAGGGUCGGGGAAGCUUUAUGGGCGUAUAGGACGACAUAUCGGACUGCCACUCAAGCCACUCCGUAUUCCUUAGUAUAUGGGCUAGAAGCUAUCCUCUCACUUGGAAGUCAAAUACCUUCGCUUCGUAUUGCUAUACAAGAAGGACUAACCGCCGAAGAUAAUGCUCGUCUUAGACUUGAGGAGCUGGAGGCGCUAGAUGAGAAGAGAUUAGAAGCUCAGCAACAACUUGAAUGCUAUCAAGCCCGCAUGUCUAAAGAAUUCAAUAAAAAGGUCCGCCCUCGAUCAUUUCAAGUUGGAGAUUUGGUUCUGGCAGUAAGAAGGCCAAUUACCCUCACCCAGCGAAUGGGGAACAAAUUCGCGUCUAAAUGGGACGGCCCCUAUGUAGUGAAGGAAGCUUACACAAGCGGCGCUUACAAGUUGGUGGACAAUGAUGGAUUACAAAUUGGCCCCAUAAAUGGCAAAUACUUGAAGCGUUACUAUCCUUGA